AUGGUAGAUGUCAGUUGGCUGUCAUGCCCAAUUCCAGUUACUGACAAUCAGGAAUUUGGUAAAGCAAAAGCCUUUGGGCAGUCCUUCUCCAUCCACCGGAAAGUUGCUGAGGAUGGAGAGACUCGGGAGGAAACGCUUCUGCAGGAGUCAGCAUCGAAAGAAGCUUACUAUCUGGGGAAGAUCCUGGAGAUGCAGAACGAACUGAAGCAGAGCCGGGCUGUAGUUACGAACGUUCAGGCAGAAAAUGAGCGGCUCACGGCCGUGGUGCAGGAUCUGAAGGAGAACAAUGAGAUGGUGGAGCUACAGAGAAUACGGAUGAAGGAUGAAAUCCGAGAAUAUAAAUUCCGAGAGGCCCGCCUCCUUCAGGACUACACUGAACUGGAAGAAGAAAAUAUCACGUUGCAGAAACUCGUGUCCACGUUAAAGCAGAACCAGGUUGAAUAUGAAGGCUUAAAGCAUGAGAUUAAGCGAUUUGAGGAGGAGACAGUGCUCCUGAAUAGCCAGCUGGAAGAUGCCAUCCGGUUGAAAGAGAUUGCUGAGCACCAACUGGAAGAAGCCCUUGAGACCUUAAAAAAUGAAAGGGAACAGAAGAACAACCUGCGGAAGGAGCUCUCACAGUACAUCACCCUCAAUGACAACCACAUCAGCAUCUCCGUAGAUGGACUCAAGUUUGCCGAGGACGGGAGUGAACCCAACAAUGAUGACAAAAUGAACGGGCAUAUCCAUGGGCCCCUUGUGAAACUGAAUGGAGACUAUCGGACUCCCACACUAAGGAAAGGAGAGUCUCUACACCCUGUUUCUGACUUAUUUAGUGAGCUGAAUAUAUCAGAAAUACAGAAAUUGAAGCAGCAACUUAUGCAGGUAGAGCGAGAAAAGGCCAUUCUUCUGGCCAAUCUCCAGGAGUCACAAACGCAGCUGGAACACACCAAGGGCGCACUGACAGAGCAGCACGAACGGGUGCACCGCCUUACGGAGCACGUUAAUGCCAUGAGGGGCCUGCAGAGCAGCAAGGAGCUCAAGGCCGAGCUGGAUGGGGAGAAGGGCAGGGACUCAGGGGAGGAGGCCCAUGACUACGAGGUGGACAUCAAUGGCUUGGAGAUCCUUGAGUGCAAAUACAGGGUGGCAGUAACUGAGGUGAUUGAUUUGAAAGCUGAAAUUAAGACCUUAAAGGAGAAAUACAAUAAAUCUGUAGAAAACUAUACUGAAGAGAAGGCCAAGUAUGAGAGUAAGAUCCAAAUGUAUGAUGAGCAGGUUACAAGCCUUGAGAAGACCACCAAGGAGAGUGGAGAGAAGAUGGCCCACAUGGAGAAGGAGUUGCAAAAGAUGACCGGCAUAGCUAACGAAAAUCACAAUACCCUUAAUACAGCCCAGGAUGAGUUGGUGACAUUUAGUGAGGAGCUAGCUCAGCUUUAUCACCAUGUAUGUCUGUGUAAUAAUGAAACACCCAACAGGGUCAUGCUGGACUACUAUAGGCAAAGCAGAGUCACCCGUAGUGGCAGCCUGAAAGGACCCGAUGAUCCCAGGGGACUUUUGUCUCCACGGUUAGCCAGGCGGGGGGUGUCAUCCCCAGUAGAAACAAGGACCUCAUCUGAACCAGUUCCAAAAGAAAACACAGAGGCCAGCAAAGAACCAAGUCCAACCAAGACCCCCACAAUCUCUCCUGUUAUUACUGCCCCACCAUCAUCUCCAGUAUUGGAUACAAGUGACAUCCGCAAAGAGCCAAUGAAUAUCUACAACCUUAAUGCCAUAAUUCGGGACCAAAUCAAGCAUCUGCAGAAAGCUGUGGACCGGUCCUUGCAACUGUCUCGUCAAAGAGCAGCGGCACAGGAGCUGGCCCCCAUGAUUGAUAAAGACAAGGAAGCCUUAAUGGAAGAGAUCCUCAAGCUCAAGUCCCUGCUGAGCACCAAACGGGAGCAGAUCGCCACCCUGAGGGCCGUGUUGAAAGCCAACAAACAGACAGCUGAGGUGGCGUUAGCUAAUCUCAAGAACAAAUAUGAAAAUGAAAAGGCAAUGGUGACGGAAACUAUGACGAAACUCAGAAAUGAACUGAAGGCUUUGAAAGAAGAUGCAGCAACUUUCUCAUCCCUGAGAGCAAUGUUUGCAACAAGAUGUGAUGAAUAUGUCACCCAGUUGGAUGAGAUGCAGAGACAGUUAGCAGCUGCAGAGGAUGAGAAGAAGACUCUAAACACUUUGUUACGAAUGGCUAUCCAGCAAAAACUCGCCCUGACCCAGCGGCUGGAGGACUUAGAGUUUGACCAUGAGCAGUCCCGGCGCAGCAAAGGCAAACUUGGGAAGAGCAAGAUCGGCAGCCCUAAAAUUGUCAGCAGCCUGCUGCCUCCGUACCGCCACAGUGCUCACAACUAGCCGGGAGGCAAGACUGCCCGACUGUCAGUCCUGACAUAGCUCUCCCAGAGGAGCAGCCACAUUCCAGCUCGCAGUGCGCCCCUCUCCACUGUCUCUCCAAGCCUCCUUACCCCUAGUCUUCAUCUCCCGUGGACAAACAUCUGGGGUGAACGUUUUGUAGCCACACACAGGAUACUGCCCAAGAUCCAGCGGGUGUUUUCUUUUCGGUGGUUAGAUUAUCAUUGGAUUAAUGUCCAUCAUUUUGGAAGAUGAGAGAAAGUUGAGAAGAAUAACACAAAGCACAGACUCCGGGGUGAUAGAACAUUUUAUGGUUUCUCUAAGUCACAGAUAAACUUCUGCAAUCAAAUGGCUCCCGUUCAGUUAAAUUAAAAAAAAAAAAAAAAAUGAAACGAAACAAGAAACAUGUAUCUCAGAUGGCUGGCUUUACCUCGAUAGCAUAAGAGAGGCCUAAGAUGAUGUAAAAUACGUAUAUUGUAAAGUCAUCUUUCCUCAUCCUUCAAAUUCAGCUAUAAAAGUUGAUUCCAAUUGUUUUGUCAUUGAUAUUUCUUUUGUACUUUAUUUGCCACAUGAUUCAUGUCUAUAAAAAUCAUUUCUGUGAGAGGUGAACUUAAUUCAUUUAUUUUUAAAGAAGCAUAAUUUGCUCAAUUAAGUAUGAGUUUUAAUUUAGUUUGAAAUCUGGAAUUGGCCAGACUGUGGUCAUUUUUCUUGCACAAAAUGAUAAUGAGGUGCAUCGGAAUGUUAACAGUAACUGUAUUUUGCUGCUACACUGAUAUUGUUUAUGCACUUAUUUUCUAAUCAGUAGCUCAUUAACUGCUGUUUUUUUUUUUUAAUUAGAAUUCUUCACUGGACAUUAUUAAGUAAAUCUAAAAAAGAGACUAUAUUAUGAUUCAUUGACUUAUUCAACUUUUGACGGCAUCUUUCAUUUUUUUAAAUUUGCAGACAAGUAGAUGCACUGGUGCUGCUCCUUUGUGUGUGUGUUGUGUGUGUGAUGAUGUUAAAGAAGGCUAAAUCACGUGAAGGGAAAAAAAUGGUGUGUUUAUUUAAUGACCAGAAUUUUUUUACUUCUCCCAAAUUCAGGGUCCUACUAUGAGUCUUUCCUGCUAAAAAGCAUCAACUACAAAUGGGAAAAUAUAUACAUAGAUAGAUGUAAGUUAGCCUUUGGUUAAUUAAAUUACCCAGAAAGUGUUCAAAUUUUGAUUACAAUUGUAUGUUUUGUUGUUGUUAGGUUUUUUUCAUAAUGAAUCUUCCUUGCCAAAAAACAAUAGAUGAUAAACCUUAGCUCAUUGUCUACUUUUGACAAACACUCAGGUGCCUACAAUCAUUAUAUUACAUUGAGAUAAUACAUGUUCCUAGUUCAUUUACAGAUUCUGCUAGGUAACUUUUAUGACUUGAUUUAAGGCGGUGGAUUUUCAUAGCAAAAUUUAUUUUGCACAUAAUCUGACAAACAAGGAAAACAGCUAAUUGAGCUGAAAGGUCUAACACUCUUGGGCUCCUUAACUAUCAAGUGCUGCCCGCACAACUGCUCCUAGCACUGAUUCCUUGUCUAGUCAGGUAGCCUUAACUUAUUUAAAACCAUAACGGUUUGACUUUUUCAUGUAACAAUAUCUGUAACUUCUCUUUAAAACGAAAACAAUCCUCACUGUUAACACAAAAGAUAGUUAAUGCAGGGCUCUAACAAUGGAGAUCUAGUAGGAGCCACUCAGCUUAUUGAGCAGAAGUGGGUAGAAUGUUAAUAGAGUGGUCCAUUCAAGAUGGCGGCCGAUGGGUAAGUCAUAAAGCACAGUGAGGGGCUUUCAUCCGUCGUACACCUAUUAAGUAGUGGUCACUAUUACCAAAGCAACCAAGAGGUUUUGAGUUCCUUAUAUGAGUGCUAUUUUCAACAGUGUCAUUUAUUAUGGAACUUGGAGUAGUUGGAAAUCUUCACCAAAACAGGGAUUAAAGUACAGAAAAAGAAACAAAACAAAUCUUCAUAAAGUCUGGAUCAUGGCAACCUAACGUUCUGCUCUUUCCUACCUGCAUUGCCUUGCUGUUCCUAAACAUUUUCUUCAUUGUGUUGGUGUUGUAUCUGCCUGGGACCAGUAUUAGUAAGACAGUGUGGAUUUUAUUAGAGUUCAAUUAAAGAAAGCUACCCCACCCCCACUCCUGCUUUUUCUUUUUUUCUUUUUGUUGUUUCUUUUUCAAGCAUCAUGUGUUUGGACCUGAGAAAUGGCAUAGCUGCUAAAUUGACUUUUAAUAAAAACUGUUUGUGCCUGAGGGAAAAUAUGCCUUUUUCAAAAGUACCUCAGAACAUCUUCCUAUAUUGCCUCAUCAGUUUUGUUGGUGGUAUGGGGAACUGAGCAGUAAAUAUUGUCUGUGUGUAACCAUAGAGCAGUACUGUCUAUUGACCGUGCUGUAUUGCAUUCGUGCUCCCUUACUCAGUAUUUAUGACCUGGUGAAAAGCAGAGUCAUAGACAAAACAUUUAUUUCUUCCAAUAAAAAGUUUAUCAUUAAGUCUAUUAUAUACCGGUUUUAUUUCAGUUCUUUAUAUUAAUAGAGUGGGAAAUGCUUGUUUUGAAAUAUUAAUUUUAUGAAAAUGUUAAUUUUAGCCAAACUUUGCCAAGAAGAUAUAGAAAAUUGGAAAUACAUUUCUAAUUUUCAGCAUGAAAUUAGAUAAGCGGUAAGAGAGAAUUCCAUGUAUUUACAAUGUGGCAUCAUUUAGUAUCGUUUAAACUGAGCCAUAUCUGUAUUUAUUUCCAUAUAGGCAUUUAAAAUGAAUAAAUAUGUGUAGCUCUGGUAAAAGUCAGUACCUGCAAAGAAACAUCAGGAUUCAAAAUGAAAUUGAAAAAUUGAAGAACCAGUGAAAAUCAAAAAUAAUGAAUCUCAGUAAGACUAACUGAAGACAGACUUGGAGAAGAAAAACCAAGUACGGAAAUACAAUCAAAAUACUGGCUAAUUAUUGCCAACACAGUGGGCAAAGAUUAAAGGUAACUAGCAAGAGUGGUAGUUUUUUAAAAGUAAGCACAAUUACCAUACUGAAAAGAAUAGUCAGUAUGCAGAAAUGCAUUACUGAGGAUUUUUCUUAGUUAAGAAAUUAAAUUAAAUUAAAAGGAGCAAUAAAUUGCCUUUGGCCUGAGCGCGCAGGGGCACACACGACCCUCAGAUUAAUCUUUCCAAUCAACUCAUGAUUCAUCAGAUCCCCUUCAGGUAUCCAAUUCUGUUUCAGUAAGAGGAAUUUGGAGAACUUUGAGGAAACAGGAAGUUAUUAAAUAUUUAAGAAAAGACCAGUAUAGAAAGAUUAUGCUUUAGCCUAAGGAAAAGGAGGUACAAUGUAAUCUUCAAG